GCUCAUAGAUAAUCUGACCUUUUACCCAAGCAAACCCUUUCCCUUCUCUCUCUGUAGGCAGCACAGCAGCUACAUACAAACACACGUUAGGGCAAAAAAAAAAAAAAAAAAAACACCGCUACCGUUGCUGGUUUGUUUCUUACGAAACAAAAACCAACCAUCUCCUCCUCCUCCUUCUCCUUCCUUUUUGUGGAAAGAUCUUAUUUUGUUGAAGGUGACAAAAUAAAAACCACCGAUUUUUCUCGAGAAAAAAUCUUCUCUUCUUCCUCUCUUAAAUGGCGAGCAGGAAGCUUGUUCGAGACCUCUUCCUCUCAAGACAGCCCCUGUUCCUUCGCCUGACUUCUAAGCAGGUUUCAGGCAGGAGACUACAGGUGCUAUCAAAUCAUGGGUGCACGUAUUAUGGCUACCGUCGAUUCAGUGUCUUCAAUGAAUUCUCCAACAAAGUUAAAGGAGAAGCUGACAGAAAUCAAGAAUUUAAGCAGUCAGUGAAGGAACUGAAGGAAAAAGCAGAGGAGCUUAAAGGGGCGAAAGAGGAGCUCAAAGUAAGAACAAAGCAGACAACUGAGCAGCUGUACAAGCAUGUAGAUGGCGUUUGGACGGAAGCUGAAGCUACUGCGAAAAAGGUUUCUGCCAAUGUUAAAGAAAAGAUUUCGGCUGCCACAGAAGAGGUCAAAGAAACAUUUGGAAUUGGAAAAGAGUCAUCAGAGUCUGCUGGUACGUCGGCUAAAGAUGGUGCUGGUGCUGAAGAAGGUACAAAGGCCUCACCUGGUGAAGAAGCAGACAAGCAGACUGGAACUGGUGAUACAGCAGAAUCAUUUUUUGGAAAGUUUAAAUCAAGAAUUCCUUCUUCAAAUGUAUCUUCAGCCUACCAGAAAUUGAAAGAGGCAAGGGUCAGUGAAAUGAUGAAGAAAGGAUAUGAUGUUGUGAAGGAUGAGUUAUAUGGCAAUACCAAUAAGAGAAAGCACCUGGAGCAUACUCCUCCUCCUGCCUUCAGCGGUGAAAUAAGUACAAAAACUGACGUUGUUGUUCUACCUUCAAAACAGUCUCGAUGGAGUAAAAAAUGGGAGGCAUUCAGAGAAAAGAUGCAAGGUCAUCCUUUAUUCAAGCGCUUUUCUGGCCUCAGUGAACCUGUCGUGACAAAGGGUCAAGAGAUUGCAGAGGACAUGCGGGAAAGAUGGGAGACAAGUGAUAGUCCCAUUGUUAUCAAAAUUCAGGAUGUCAGUGACUCCAUCUUUCAAGAAAGUGAUGCCGCAGCGUCAUUCAAGGAAAUACGUCGUAAAGAUCCAUCAUUUUCUUUGAUGGAUUUUGUGGCAGAAGUUCAGGAAGCUGUUAGACCUGUCCUUAAUGCAUAUAUUAAGGGGGAUAUAGAUACUCUGAAGAAGUACUGCACCCCCGAAGUGAUUAAUCGGUGUGAAGCAGAGCAUAAGGCAUUUCAGGCCCAUGGUAUAUUUUUUGAUAACAAGAUUCUACAUAUAACUGAUGUGGAAGUAAGAGAGACCAAAAUGAUGGGAACCUCCCCAAUAAUCAUUGUCGUGUUCCAGACACAGCAAGUGCAUUGUGUACGCGAUCGACAUGGUGCAAUAACAGAAGGGGGUCAGGAUACAAUCCAUACUGUAUAUUAUGCGUGGGCCAUGCGGCAAGUAGAUGCAGAAGAACUUGGAGGAGGUGCAAUCUACCCAAUAUGGAAGCUAAUGGAAAUGCAACAGCUUGGAGUUCAAACCCUCAUCUAGUUUUUUAUAUUUUCAAGUUAUUGAUGGAUAAUGUACAAUUAGAAUUUGCUGGAUUUUUUUUUUUCAAUUUUGUUUUUUUUUUUUUUUGGUUCUGAAAACUUGAGGGUUUUCAUGUAGCCUCGGAAAGCUUAGCUAGUAUUUAUUUUUCAUUCGAUCAAAUAAUGAAAUCAUUUACAAUCA